ACUGUGUAUAAAAUGUCAUAAUCCAAAACCUGUACAUCAGGAAAAAACAUGUUAAGUUUAUUCAUUGCUGAUCCGAAGCACCUGCAACAAAGGAAACAAGAGAUCCAAUUGCCGGUAGCUUCCAGGUUCUAAUUGUAUACAGACCUGAAUAAUCUUGUCAUUUGUUUUCCAGCAGUUACAAAUCUUUAUACUGCUGUGAAAUACUAAUCUAUUAAUUCUUCAGUUAAAGAUGUUUGGAAGAGUGAAGAGAAAGAUUAAAUGAUGAUAAAUUCUAUAUGUAAAUAAAAGAUCUCCACAAGCUUAAUUUGCCAAUUAAAGAUACUGCUUCAUGGAAAAAUCUUUUUGAACAUGAAGAAUACUUUUUGACAUUUUACUACAGAUAAUAAGCCUGUUGUUUUGUAACUUAAUUUUAUAUGGCAAUAUGAGCUAAUAAUAUUUUGAAAACUGAACUGCAAUGAAUAGUUAAUUGGUUGGAGAAAUUUCACUCCUCAACAUCCAUUGAAGUCAUCUUAUAGUCUAGACUAGUGUUUCUCAAACUACAGUAUGAGGCUACAUUUGCAAAUGUGAAUGGACUCCUUGCUUCCCAUGUGUGCCAACUGACUCAAGGGAAGACUAAAGCUUUACAAAUAAUUAGGCUUAGACUAAUACCCUUGUGUUUUGGGUUUUCCACCCCAAGGCCACCGUAAACCAUGUGCUUACAUUAUGGAUUACACCAGUGUUACCCCCAACUUCUUUUCUGUUGAUUGAAAUCACAUGCUCUCACACGCUAUCACGUAUAUAACCUAAGGGAACUCACCAUGUACAGUAUAAUAUAAAAUUCACGACUCAAGACUGAACAGAAACAGGGGCACUGCAAAACGUCCCUUCUGUUAACUUUGAGAGGUGAAAUUUUGAUUUCUAAAUCAGUCCCAAUCUCCCUUCGACGCAAAAAACCCAAGGAGCGGAGUGGCAGUGAAAGGCAAAAUCCCCAAGACCACUUCAGAGCCGAAACACCCCUGAUUAGAAAUGAUAAAUAAUUAGACCUGUAGUAUCAACAUCUCUGACAUUUCUGCUAAUGUUUUCAUGAUUUCAGGAAACCCUUAAGCUUAGCUUCUCACUAAUACUUAAAAGAUGACCAAACAAGAAGGUGGGGAGCUGCUGUGGACAACUUUGCAGGCAUGGUGCAGUAGGUUUUUUCGACUCCUGUGCUCUUUUUAUAUUAGCAUGGACAUCCAUCUUACUCCUUCACUUUGAGUAAAGGUUCAUUUGUGCUAAACCAUGGUGGGAAAAAGACAGACACCCCUCUGUUCCACAUGUCCAAAUGUUCUGAUACCAAGUCAAAUUCCUGAAUUCUGUAUUCCGCCAAGGCAUCAAGAAAAGAAGGGUCUAAAAACCAAUACACUGUUAAGGUCAGACUAUUUUGGGUCAGUUUUAGAAUCGGAAAAACUUUACUUGCCAGAGACACACAUAAUCCAGGUGGAGGAAUCGAUAGGGGGAGAAAAUACUAAUGCUGACCCACAAUCACAGGCUGCUCUGUCUUUACCUCACCUUCUCAAAACACAGACCUCCUAUGGGUUUUGCACCUUGCUUGAGAGCCCAAAUACCAGAAGAAAAGAAUCGCUUUUUCAUAGUGACCCUGCUGACCUGCCUCUGCAGGUGCGUAGAUCCCAUUCAAGUACAAUAUCAUGUUGGACUGCAUCCUGCAGUGAAACUUACAUCAAUUUCAAGUUGCAGCCACUGAGUAUAUCCGGCAGGUUUGACAGGGAUCCAGUCUCUUCUACUGAUUCCUCUCCUUUUAGCUCUCCUCUUUUGAAAAGGGCUCUACCAAACUCUUUACUGAAAGCCCUAAGCCAGGAUAGCAUGGUUUCCAAAGCAUUAAGGGUAAACUGCAAGUCUUUUGCUACAAGAAAUAACUCUCUGUCCACUGAUGAAGAUACUUCUGCUGACAGUAGUCCAUGUGUUACUAGAAGGCCCUCUUAUGAUUGGGCACAGCAUCUAUCUACCCAGUCUAACAUUGGCCUAUUAGUAUCUUUUAGCCAGCUUGCAAAGGAUAGUACAGUAACCCUGGAUACUGGAGGAAUUUUAAGACUCUCUAGUGAAUACCGAUCUGAAUGCAUGAGACUCCGUAUCCGACUAGUGAGUGCAGAAGGGCUUUACAAAUCUUCUGUAGAUUCUAAAAAUAUCAGCUGCUCCAUAUCCAUAUCCAUUGUGCCUGGAAAGAACCAGAAACAGAAAAGCACUUUGAUUCGUGGAAGUCGUAACCCAAUAUUUAAUGAAGAUUUCUUCUUUGAAGGAAUGGAGCCACAUGAUUUAUUCCAGAAGAUAUUGAAACUGAAAGCUUUAAACAGGACUUCCUAUGUCUGGAAAGAAAAUGUUCUGGGAAAGAGUAAAGUGCAACUUGUUAGUGUUUUACCAAUCUAAUGUACUUCAUACAUUACUUUUAUUCAUGCUGAAUUGCAUAUUAAAAUCGGUUGUUGUACAUUUACACAACACUGAUCUUAAACAGGAGUGUAAAAUCAUCUUUUUUUCUUAAAUAAAUCAUUUUAGUGCUGAUUAUA